AUGUCUCUUUCAAAUGAAAAAAUUACACGUCUACAAGAUUGUAGAGAUAGAUCAAAAAAAGUUUAUGAAAACUAUGAUGAAAAAUUUAAACUUUUUUUAAAUGAACAAUUACAAGAAUUGAAAAAAAUUGAUAGUUCCAUUACUUCCUUUGAUGCUGAAGAAACGACCGUCUUAAAAUAG